AUGGCGCAACAAGCACAAUCAAUCCCUUUCGUUCAAUCAUAUGAAAGAUUUUAUACUUACCCGCAGAAUCUGAUCUACAAGCCUACAUACAGAGGGGUCUUGAAAGCCUACGACAUGCGUUUGGAGACAGCGGAACCGCCUUUCCUAACACACGAUGAGAGAGAGGUCAAAGUGCAUUUCCGAGACUGGAACCAUGAUGAGAGACGGUUCUUGAACCACCAGGCUAUCAAUGAGGACGAGCUGCGAAAACAGCUUGGUGAACAUUCGCACGUCGAACCAUCCACAGCUGACGUAGAGAGAUUCCUAUACGGCGAGAGCUCAACGGAGCCAUUGAAGAUAACGCCAAGGAUGCUGAAACGAUUGUUCACAUAUUACCAAGUCAUGCCAGCCAUGGUAGACUUCUUGAGCGUCUUUGCACAACGACUUCCGGAGAAGCGCGAAUUAGGGUUCAGUGGCUUCUUUGACCAGGUUACGCUGUCACGUAGCACGGCAGCGCAUGUAACUGGACCGUCCCAGCAGGUGACAGCGAAUAGUAGACAACACCUAGCAGCACGACCAGGCGGUCCUUAUGGACCUGCCGUGAGUGCGUUAGGCUGCAGUGAACGACAAUACCAAAUGUGCUACAACCUGAAAAGAGUCGCGAGAACCAGAGGAGACGCAAAGAGUGAAGUUGAUGAUCAGACUUGGUCGAUACAGCAAAACGAAUUCCACCAUCAAUUUGAUGUCUCGGAAGGUACUGCACUGUGGAUCAGUGCUAAAGGAAGAGUCAAGGAUUAUCGUCAAGAAGUACUGGAGUUGACUGGAGGCACUGCCGGUGUGCCUGAGGAUCUUUCUUUCGAUAGUCGCGAGCAUCGCUUCGCUUCCAGCCUCACAGUUCAUCUCAUGAAUUGCCACUGGGCUUCUCAGGAUUGGCGAGAUUAUGUCAAGUACCUCGAAGAUGCUAUCGAGCAGAAGAGCGGUCACAUCUUGGUAAAUAAGUGGAUCAGUAAUGAUUCUAGCCCUGAAAGUCUCCAAGAUGUUCAGUUUUUCGAAGAGAAGGCCACCAAUGCCGCCAUGGUACUUGACGCAAACAUCGAAGUCAUGACCUCACUGCGAAAUUUUUACGUCAAGCUUCUUGAAAACAAUGACUUUGACAUGAGAGAUCAAUGCGCAGACACGGUCGACUUGUUCAAACAGCAGAUAACCGACAUGAUGCAUACCUUCACGGGGUAUAAGCGGCGAUUGCAAUUGUUGACAGACGUGACAGAGAACAGAAAGAAUUUGUUACUCCAAAAACUCCAAAGUCAUGCGACGAAGAAGAUGGAAGAUCUGACGACCAUGUCAUACCGAGAGACGAUCGUGAUGAAGGUCAUCACCGUUGGGACUUUUGUAUACCUACCAGCUACAUUUGUAUCAGUGAGUAUUGCACAGUAUUCGUACGAGGCGCUGCUAAUUGAAGCCCGAAAGACAUUCUUCAGUACUGAUAUCGUGAAGUACCAGAGCUCACCAGAUGGAAAAGCAAUGUACUCCGGAUUGGCCCUCGAAAGAUGGUUGGAAAUAACUGUGCCAUUAACAGUGAUCACGGUAAUCAUGGGACUCAUCGCAUUCAUCAUCGCUGAUAGGAGACGCAUACGGCGCCUGGCUCCGUCGUACGACGAGAAGAAGGGCGCUUGA